UUAAAAAAAGAAAAAGUAAAACAGAUAAAUAGUAGUGGUAGUUUAUUGUUGUGAAGGAAGAGUAGAGUUUAGGAUAGCGCGGAUACUUUAUCCGAACAACUCAAUUGAAUGGCGUCCACACUCUUCUGCACUCCGUCGCUAUGUUCUUCUUCCUCUUCUACUAUGUUUUCUACUCCUCUUAAAUUAUCCUUAAAACCCAGCGGCGUCUCCCUUCAAAACAAAACCCCCCUUUCACUUCCCACCACUCAAAGACGCUUUAAAAUCACUGCCAUGGCUCCUCCCAAACCCGGUGGUGGCAAAGCAAAGAAAGUGGUUGGAAUCAUAAAACUGGCUCUUGAAGCUGGAAAGGCGACGCCGGCACCACCAGUUGGACCGGCUCUUGGUUCAAAGGGUGUUAACAUUAUGGCUUUCUGUAAAGAUUACAAUGCUAGGACUGCUGAUAAACCCGGUUAUAUAAUUCCCGUUGAAAUCACUGUCUUUGAUGAUAAAAGUUUUACUUUCAUAUUGAAGACUCCACCUGCUUCUGUUCUACUUCUUAAAGCUGCUGGGGUGGAGAAGGGUUCAAAAGACCCCAAGGCACAAAAAGUAGGAAAAGUCACAAUUGAUCAAUUGCGUACAAUUGCUUCUGAGAAGUUGCCAGACUUGAAUUGCGAGACCAUGGAAUCAGCUAUGAGAAUUAUAGCAGGCACAGCGGCAAAUAUGGGAAUUGAUGUUGAUCCUCCUAUUCUUGAACCCAAGCAGAAGCAAUUGUUGUAAUGAUUUUUCAAUAUUCCCUCCAAGUGUAAAAAGUCCUUGCGGUACUAGAUCACACUGGACAUUUUAUUGCACAAUGUUUUGUCUUCCAAAUCAGCAAAGAGAACAUUUGAUUUUAACUAUUUUGUAUUAGUUGAAUUAUAUUUGAAUUUAAAUACAUGAUCACCUCAUUAAUAUCAGCCACAAAGUUGUUGCUUGGUGUGGUUUUGUAUUGUGUUUGAUUCUAAUUGAGAAUCUUAUGUGAAUCGUGUUGUUUAUCA